AGGUGAUUUCGCUUCAACCACUUGCUUGCGGCCUGAGAAAACGUCGCUCCGUGAUGACGAAGUAGCGGAAGUUACGUGUCCACCUGAGCGACACUUACAACUCAUUUGUUUAUUUAUGUACCUAGCUAGUUACUGUCGAUAGAAAUGUGAGUUUAUGUGUGUAUGACUACAUCAUAGCUAUGUCAUCAUGGUACGUGAAAUGAUUUAAACACCAAUUGAUCUUCCCUCUUGUCGACAAGAGAUUAACAGCCAAACUCACAGAGUCCCUCUGAAGUGAGAGACCAUGGGCCGGUUGGAUGAUGCCGCCAAACACAAAGUGGUGGAGCUGCGGAAGGCGGGUCUGAGUUUCCGUAAGAUCAAAGCUGUGCUGGAGCUGGAGAACAUCAAGGUGUCUGCCCAGGCCAUCUACCUGUUCCUGAGGGAGUAUCAAGGGAGGCCGCCAGGGAGGGUUAGACCUAUGGAGGCUGGAAGCAGCACAUCAACCGCACAGGUGCAGCCUCAAGUUGGGGCAACACAAGAGAGCUGGAGUAACAUUCGUCUCCAAAAUCUUCUGCGGGAGGCAUCUCACCAUGCUGGCUUUACAGCUGCUGCAAAUUUUGCCAAACAGACUUCCACAAAUCCAGAUGCUGGUGCGAAGCCAUUUGGGUCUGGAAAGACCAGUGGAGGCAGCAGGCCAGAACAACAACACGAGGGAGAUAAGGAGGAAAAUGACAUCCAGAUUGUUAGUGUCACCUCCCUUGCACAGAGCAGCCAACAAAGAGUUCCCCAAUCCACUGUAAUAAGAGCAGAGGCCGGUGCUGUGUCUUCCACACUAACCACUCAAGGAGUAACCAUGAGGAAGAGAGUUACACCUUCUCCAGCCACUAAUGCAAUGCUGGCAGCUCGAAAGAGGCUUUUGGAUAAAGCGCUGUCACACAGGAUGAAGUCAUUCCACCAGGUGGCGUCACUGUUGAGGAGAGAUCACUCUAGUGUCCAAGGUGCUGAUUUGAGAAGCGCAAUGCAACAGCCACCCGAAACUUAUGAUCUGACCACUGAAAAGACUGUUAUGGAUGGUCAGUCCAGUGGAGGGAGUGCCCCCAGGCGUUUUCUCACACAAAGACCAGGUCUGUCUGUCCGUUCCCUUCAGCCUGUCCCUCGGGUUGGCAUUCGUCUUCCUAACCGGUCACCAGCACCUUUAACAUCCUCGGCCCCUGGGGUUGCCGUCAUCCGUCUACAGACCCCCGGAGGCCAGGGCGCCACUUGUAGUGAGGGGAACCCGAGCCCCCAGCAGGCAGUCCAGGACACUGGAGGGAGAGGUGGUCUACAGGAUCAGAUUCAGACCCUGGGCUCUGAGGUGCGCAGUUUGGGUCUGGCAGUGAAGAUGCUGGUGGAGCAGCAGUGCUGCCUGGAGAGGGAGCAGGCGCAGCAGACGCACAUUCAGAAGCAGAUCCUCAGCACUCUGCAGAGCCUUGCUGCCAAACUGGGACGUUGUAGCGUUGUUCAACAGCAGCACAAAAAAACUCCAUCACCCUCUGGUUUGCCAACAGCUUCUGCAUCUACCUCGUUCAGCCCAGAAACCUUCAACUUCAGUCAAGGCACGUACACUCAGUGCAGCCAAACCCAGCCAAGCUACAGCUCUUUAGAGAGUUUAGAAAAUGUAGAGGCCUUUAAAUUGCCAGGACUGAGCCCUUCAAGCAUUAAUGGGUUUCCACCAUGUAGCAAUGCUGAGAACCUCCAACUUACUCAAACUCCCACUUAUACACAGCCGUAUGCAGUUGCUUACCCUCAGCAAAACAGUCAAACUCUCAUGCCACCCUACACACAGUCCUUUGUUUCUACAUACGGCCAGUCACAUUCUCAGACUUUCAGAGGAUCAGAGAGUAAAACAUCUGAUUUCUCAAGCAGCUGUUCAGCAAGGACUCUCCAGGACUGCAGUGUGUCCACCCAGCCGGUGAUGAACUCUAACCACUCUUCACAGGAUCAACAGAUCAAUAUUAUCAAAGUGGAAGGACCUUAGAGGCCUUCAGAUGCCACAGAGUGUUUUGGGACCAUAAGGGCUUGGAUGUGCUUUUAAAAUAUUAAUUUAAGAUACACGUUUUUACAAUGAACAAAUGCUGUAGCAUUUCUUAAACUAAUUUAUUUUUCUUUCCAAAGUACAUUUUAAGAGAAUACAAACAGCAAUAAAAUGCAAUGCUUUAGUAAUCAUGUGUUUAUAAUUUGUCUUUACAAUAGGCAAAAAUUACAAAAUUAGAGAAAAUGAUUAUGUGCAGGCACUUUGUCAUUUUUUGUCGCAAUUCUUGUUUAUUUUGUAUCUAUUAUUUUUGUAUCACUAGGACUGGCAUUACAAACUGUUAGUUUUCAUACCUCUAUGCUAACUGAAAAAAAAUAAAGAGACUGUUAUCCUCCAAA